AUGCCUCUAAACUACUCGAAAUGGGACAAGCUCGAGCUCUCGGACGAUUCCGACAUCGAAGGCCACCCGAACGUCGACAAGAAGUCCCUCGUCCGAUGGAAGCAGCGCGCGAUCCACGAGCAGCGCGAGGAGCGCAAGCACAAGAUCGCGCAGUACAAGGCCGACAUCGCGUGCAACGACGUGCUCAAGCCGCGCAUGCAGACGAUCGCCGACGAGGUCGCCGCGCGCGGGCCCCCGCACUUCUCCGCGCUCGUGGAGAAGUUCCAGACGCGGCCGGACCCUGCCGCCCCGCCGACGAACGCGCCGAACCAGCCGACGUACGACGCGAUGCUGCUGAACCUGAUGUUGCAGGUGUGGGAGGCGGCGAAGGCGCGCGGGGUGGAGAAGGGGGACCCGAAGCUGGGCGAGGCGUUGGUCGCGGGCCUGCGCGAGCACCUCGUCAAGAUCGAGGAGGCGAACGCGAAGCUGCGGGUGCAGCUGAAGAAGGAGGAGGACGAGCAGAACUCGAAGAUCACGUCGGACGACAUGCAUGAGGGCUUUGACUCGACGAUCGUCGCGCCUCUCUCCACACCUGCACCCAUCAAGAACGCGAUUCCCUCGGACAAGCCGAAGAAGACCGUCACCGAGUUCGAGAAUCUCAAUCCGAAAAGCGCAGCGUCCGAGGCGUCGGCAGAAGAGGAUGAGACAGACCUUCCGGAACUCACCCCAUCACUAGCACAAUUCUCCCUCAUCCCCAUCUUCCAGUAUGAUCAGGCAUGGGAGUUCAUCAAAGCCCACCGCGACGUCUACGUCCCCGGAGCGUCUGACGCACUGCUCGUUGCUGCGUUCCGGGCGCAGAGCGAUGGCAAGAAUAAGUACGCGAAACAGUGCGUGCACCACAGUCUACUGCUGCAGUAUUGCGACAAACUUGGGAAGGACGGCCCGUCGGUGUUCUUCCGGAAGAUGGUUAACCGAGACGCUCGCGCGACGGGCCUGUUCGAGAAAGACGUGGAGGACACCUACGCACAUCUUAUCGAGCGCGUCCGGUUAUCCAAGGAGGAAGAGCCUGCGGGCGGCGCGGAACAGAUCCAGCUCGUCGCGGAGAACCCAGAAACGCAGAUCUCGUUCAACGUCCCGCAGGGCCCGCCCCCCGAACAACUCGAGCUCGAGGGUCCCGGGUUCGAGAACGUGUCGGUGGAGGAGGUUCGGCAAGCGCUGCAAAUGCGCUGGGACGUCUUCACCGGCUUCGACGAGAAUUUGCAGGAGGCAAUCAAGGCCGAGAGCCUCGAGAAGAUAAACGUCGCUCUCGCGGCGAUGCCAGUGGAUCAGGCGGAGGAGACGGUGAAGCUGCUGGACAUGGCGGGCAUCCUCAGCUUCGCGGGCCCAGUGCGGGACGAGACGGGGCGCUCGAGUGUGGCGACGGAAGACGCCGAAUACGACGCCGAGUACGAGGAUGAGGAGGAGGAGGGGGAGGGCGGAAGCGCGGCCAAGGCGGAUUGA